GCGGUGACGCAGGCUGGAGGAGGGCGGCGCUCGGCGAACUCGCUGGGAACUGACUAGAGGAACGGAAAAUGGCGGACCUCGAAGACGUUACGCUGGACGGGAGACCGCUCCAGUCCCUCCGUGUGGCGGACCUGAAGGCGGCCCUGGAGGAGAGGGGCCUGUCGAAAAGCGGACAGAAGAACGCCCUCAUCAAAAGGCUCAAAGGGGCUCUCAUGCUGGAGAAUUUGCAGAAGACUUCUACUCCGCAUGUUGGACUGCAGCCAAACUCUCAGAUUGGUGAGGAAAUGAGCCAGAACAGUUUUAUCAAGCAGUAUCUGGCCAAGCAACAAGAGCUCCUGAGGCAGCGUCUGGAGAGAGAGGCUCGUGAAGCGUAUGAAACCAACGAGCAAGAGAGCCACACGCAGGUCAACAACAGUACGCCGUGCCCUCCUCCUGCCCAGGAAGUCACACCAGCUGUGCAGCACAAGCCACCGGGGCCCUCAGAUGGAGAGGGAUUGUUUGGUUCAGUCAAUGCAGGACAGGCGAACAGGAAUCAGGAGCCAGAGGCGUCCAACCCCCCCGCUUCUGGCUCUACGGCCACGCGAGCUCCUGCCUCAGAGCGAGGUUCUGCCUCCAGCGAAGUUGCGGGCGACAGCGACGACGACGACAGCGAGGAGGACGGUGACGACGACGAAGACUGGGGGGGCAACGCCCCAAGAAGGAGUCUCAGAGAGCCGGCGAGAAUGCCCACAGCGCGGUCCGGCGCGGCGCGUCACCCGCAGCCCCAGCAGCAACACAUCCCUUCCCUUUUGUCUCCUCAGCUCCGCCAGCCAACACCACCUCCGUCCCCGCCUCCUGAAUUAUCAUUCCCCUUACCUGACACCCCCAAACAAAGCCCACCUAGUCCCCCUGUAGCUGCUGCCCGGCACUCACCCAGCUCCUCCAGCUCUGGCUCCUCCAGCAGCGGCAGCCGCAGUAGCAGCCCUGAGCCGCAGAGAAGUGGGCACGCUGACCGUAAGCCCGGUCCACUUACCCUUCUGGCACGUAAGAUGGAGUCGGAGGGUGCCUUCUCUGGAGCAGGUUGGCACGGUACUGAUGGUGAAGGGGAAAGGCAAGGCAGUAGUUCCCCUGCUACCGUAGCUUUCCCUGGAAAAGGGCCUCCAGACAGUCUAGGGUCUGGAGGUACACAUUCAGCCCACCUCCAGUUACCUAGGGGUGUACGCAAGGCUGCUGUAGCUGAAGAGAGAGAGAGGGAGCGGGCGAUUGAGAUGGAAAGACAAAAGGCACUUGAGUUGGAAAGGCAAGAAAAGCUUAGACAGCUUGAGCAGAAACGAGCUGCAGAGGAAGAGCGGGAGAGGGACAUUGCUCUAGAGCGGGAAGAGCGGGAGAGGGUUGAACGACAGCAGGCCUUAGAAAGAGAGGAGAGAGAAAAGGCUUUGCAGCGAGAGCAUCUAGAGAAAAUGAGACGGGAGAGAGAAGAAGCUUUGGCUAAAGAGAGGGAGGAGCUAGCAAGGCAGAGAGAGCUUGAAAGAGAGAGGGCGUUGGAGGAAGAACGUCUGCGGAAAGAGAAGGAGGAGAGGGAAAAACGCGAGCGUGAAGAGAUGGAGAGGGCAAUGGAGCUAGAAAGAGCUAAGGAAAGAGAACGGGCUCUUGAGCAAGAGAGGCUGGAGAGAGAGAGAGCGCUGGAAGCUGAGAGGAUGGAAAAGGAAAGGAUUGCGAGAGAGAAAGCUCUGGAGCAGGAGAGAUUAGAAAAAGAAAGGAUUGAGAGAGAGAAAGCUCUUGAGAAGGAGAGAUUGGAAAAAGAGAGGAUUGCAAGAGAGAAAGCUCUGGAACAAGAGAGAUUGGAAAAGGAAAGGAUAGAGAGAGAGAAAGCUCUUGAGAAGGAGAGAUUGGAAAAAGAGAGGAUUGCAAGAGAGAAAGCUCUGGAACAAGAGAGAUUGGAAAAGGAAAGGAUUGAGAGAGAGAAAGCUCUUGAGAAGGAGAGAUUGGAGAAAGAAAGGAUAGAGAGAGAGAAAGCUCUUGAGAAGGAGAGAUUGGAGAAAGAAAGGAUAGAGAGAGAGAAAGCUCUGGAGAAGGAGAGAUUAGAAAAGGAACGGAUUGAGAGAGAGAAAGCUCUUGAGAAGGAGAGAUUGGAGAAAGAAAGGAUAGAGAGAGAGAAAGCUCUGGAGAAAGAAAGGAUAGAGAGAGAGAAAGCUCUGGAGAAGGAGAGAUUAGAAAAGGAACGGAUUGAGAGAGAGAAAGCUCUUGAGAAGGAGAGAUUGGAGAAAGAAAGGAUAGAGAGAGAGAAAGCUCUGGAGAAGGAGAGAUUGGAGAAAGAAAGGAUGGAGAGAGAGAAAGCUCUUGAGAAGGAGAGAUUGGAAAAGGAAAGGAUAGAGAGAGAGAAAGCUCUUGAGCAGGAAAAACUAGAAAAAGAAAGAAUAGAGAAGGAGAAAGCUGCAGAGUUAGAGAGACUUGAGAGAGAACGGGUUUUACAGCAAGAAAUGAUGGAAAGAGAAAAAGCUCUAGAGCAAGAAAAAUUGGAGCUGGAGAAGAAGGAAAAAGAACGAAUUGAACAAGAACAAGCAUUGGAGAAAAAGGAGCGGGAAAGCAGACAGAGGGAGGAGAAGCAGCAAGCUGAGAGAGAGGCAUCUCUGGAACGGGACAGGAUGGAGAAAGAAAGAGCUGAAAAGGAAAGGAAAGAACAUACCGAGAGCCAAAAGGCUUUAGAGCUGGAGAAAGAGAAGGAGAAAGCCUUGAAGCAAGAACGGGCUCUAGAGCAGGAGAUAUCUGAGAAGGAGAAAGCCAAGGAGACGGUAGAGAAGCAACAGAAGGAGGUCCUGCAACAAGAUAAAGAGAGAGAAAGCAACCUUGCUCGUCCAGUAAGUAGCGGUGAGCUGGGCGUUGCUGCCAAGCCCGCCUCAGAGCAGGAAGACGGCCGUUCUCUGGGAGCCCAGAGUGAAGUCCAGCCAGCAGACUCUGCUUCCACGCCUCUGUCUCCACAAUCACACAAGAAGUUUCGCUUCUUCAGGGACUCCCCGGUUCCAUCUCAGUCCGGUUCGACCUCUAUUGUUAUUAAGCGACCUCGUACGUUUUCUGACACCCCCCAGCCUCGGGCCUCCCCUGUCACCUCAUCCACCAGGGCUGGGGAACAAAAACCAGGACGCCCGUCGUCCACUGGCCAGGAAGACGUACAGGUUCAGUCCAACCAGGAUGUUAGCCCUGCGUCCGUAGGAUCUACAGGGACUGGUUCUGACAGCCUGAACGCCAACCGGACCGCAGCACGCCCAGCUCCCAAAGAAGACGGCUCCAAGCUGGAGAGAAAAGAGGUAAUAUUGCCAAAGACUACAGAUUCUGUUGAGGGGACGGAUGGCGGGAAAGACUGUUCAAUCCCCGAGGAGAGGAGGGACAGUGGGGCAAGAAAAGAAGAGAAAAAAGCAAGACGAGCAUCAUCGUCGAAUGAUUCCACCUCUUCAGAUUCAGAUUCUGGGUCCUCCUCAUCUCGAUCAUCUGCGUCAUCCUCAUCAUCUCAAGACAAACCACUGUCCAACUCCAGGAGUAGACUGGAAGGGAAACAUGAAAGAGGCUCAUCGCGACUGCCUACAGAGGCAGCUAAGUCCCAAUCCGAGGAUUCAAAAGAGAGCACAAAAGCCUCCUGCUCUAAAAAAGAGCUGCCUGUAAACAGGAUUAACACUGCUGCUGGUGAUGUUCACACUACGAAACAAGCGACAGAGGCAACAAGAAGAGAGGAUGCAAACAGGAAGAGAAAACACAGUGAGAAGGAAGAAGAAGAAAAGGAAGAACAAAGGCAGGAGACAGACACUGCUGUGGCAGAUCCAGAAAAGUAUUCAGAGUCCAGUGAGGAGACACCAAAGGCUUUCUCUGCACGUAAGAUCUCCCUUAGCAGCACUAAACCGUCUCCAGGCAACGCCGAGGCGGAGCACGAGUCUGGGGCGGUGUCAGGCCGUAAGAGGAGGUGGGGCUCCAGUACAGCCGUCACUGUCAAAAAGCCCUCCAUCAGCAUCACCACUGAUUCACUCAAGUCCCUGAUUCCUGAGAUCAAGCCGCCUGGAGGCCAGGAGGCUGUAGUAGAUCUACAUCCUGAGGAAGCUGCUCUGUCUGGGACUGAGGAGGAGGAGGAGCGCCCUGACCAGGACCUUCAGAUCCGACGCACCGUCACACAGGUGGUGCCUGUUGAAAGCCAAGAGAAUGGUCAAAAAGAAGCAAAGAGAAUUAGGCGGGAAGACUUUGAGGAGGAGGAUUCUCAGGUAGAAGAGGAAAGUAAAACAGCCCACCAGGAGCAGAUGGACACUUCUGUCCCAGCGACUGUGGAAACUCCGUCGCCAACACUAGCAAGCCAGGAUACUGAAACCAACACUGUGACACCCAGCGACACUCUCAUUCGUCGCUCCAUCAGCCAGCAGAAAACGGGGGUCUCCAUCACCAUUGAUGACCCUGUUCGCACAGCGAGGCAGCCCUCUCCACCUCGAGGCCAAGUCUCCAGUAUCGUGCACAUCUGGAACCUGGUGAGGCCCUUCACGCUGGGCCAGCUGAAGGAGCUGCUGAGCAGGACCGGCACUCUGGUGGAGGAAGGCUUCUGGAUAGAUAAGAUCAAGUCCCACUGUUACGUCACUUACUCGAGUGUUGAAGAGGCGGUCGCUACGCGGGCAGCCCUCCAUGGCGUGAAAUGGCCUCAGAGCAACCCGAAGGUCCUUAGAGUCGACUUCUGCCAGCAGGAGGAGCUGGACUACCAGAAAAACCCCACGGUUGCGGCCAACAAACCCGGAGGAGAGGACCCGGGAGCGGCCGCGGGGCGAGGACGAGCGCCGGGCCCGCCCCCGCUGCUCCCCGAGCGGGACCAGUGGGCUGAGCGCGAGCGGGAGAUGGAGCGCCGGGAGCGGGCCCGGGCGGAGCGGGAGUGGGACCGGGACAAGGUCAAAGAGUUCGGCAAAGCCGGAGAAGAGAAGGAGGGAGGUCCCCGAAGGUCGCAGUCCAGGGAGCGCCGGCGAAAGGAGAGGGCCAAGAGCAAGGAGAAGAAGCCAGAAAAGAAGGCCGAGGAUCCGCCCGCUAAGCUGCUGGAUGACUUGUUCCGCAAAACUAAAGCGGUUCCCUGCAUUUAUUGGCUCCCGCUGACAGAGGAGCAGUAUCUUCAGCGAGAGGCCGCUCGGGCCGAAUGGGUGAAGGGACGCGAGGAGCGGCAGAAAGAGCGCGAGAAAAAGCGGAAGGAGGAAGAGGAGGAGGAGGCGAAGAGGAGGGACGAGGAGCGCAAGGAGAGAACGAAAGCCGCCGGAGCGGCCGCGGGAAACCGGAGCGAGGGCGAGAAGGACAAGGGCCGAGAGCGGGAGAGGGUCAGAGACCGGGGCAGAGACAGGGAGAGGGAGAACGACAAACGCAGGGACGGCCAGCGCCGGCCGGGGGGCAGCGGAGCGGGCUCCAGCCGGCGCUCCCGCAGCCGGAGCGAGCCCAGAGAAAGGAGGCGCUGAUGGAACUGUCUUCAAGACCACCCUCCUGCAUUUGCCUUUCACUACAUGUACUUUGUUACGACAAAGACCCAACAGAGGACCAACUGAUGUCAUUUCAUCUUUUUUAAAGCACAUCUACGCCUCCCCCCCUCCCCCCAUCAUGCUUAAGGAGGAGACCAUGAUGUUUGCAGUGUUGUUUUCCAGAGUCUCUCGAUCUUGUCAUCCUUUUUCUUUAUGCCUUUGCCAAUCGUCCCUUUCCGUUGCCGUCCUGACGGAGUAUCAGGACGGCACACCGGACAAUUUAAAACAACUUUUAUUUCUUCAAACUUUAGACGCUGAUUUUCCUUUCUAAGCAGUGGGGGUGAGCGUCCCAUGAUUUGCUGAGAACUUCCUUUGUUGCUGCAUGUAGUAGAAAGCUACUUUUGCAAGUCCUGCCUAAAGAGAAAAUUUGUUCGCCCGCGCAGAGGCUUGCAGAAAUCAGACAAAAAUAUCGAAAUCCGCGUUUUGGCAUUUUGUACAGACUUAAAAUAUCUGCAAAAUCAAGUCUUUAAAUAAGGCAGCUCUGGAUUAUUUUUCACUUAAUGUAAAAACUACUAAGACAAUGCAGUGUUCCUGAUUCUCUGUUAAGAGAUGAGCUAGCUCUCUGUGGGAGAGAAGCCGUCACAACUAACUCGCGUUCGGAUCAUAAUCCUCAUUGAAGCUCUUCUCUCCAUCUUUCCCUCCUCCGACCCGCUUCCCUUAGCCCGGUCUGUCCAUGCAGGCCCGAGAAAGGAGAUUGCAUUAUACGUUUUUCCCCACCGAUGGUUUUAAUAUUGUUUUUUUUUUGUUUUUUUUAAUCGUUAUUUUAUCAUUUUUAGUACAAAGAUUUCAUUUUGUUUUUAAUUCCUUAAGUACGCCUAUCAGUGGUGAAUGUACAAAUAAUAAAAAAAAAUUGAAGUUUGA